AUGGCAUCAACAUCACAGCCUCUGCGAGGUAAAAGGGCAUGCAAAAAAAUAUUUUGGGCAGUAUUUCCACAUGCCUGCUUCAUUCUGUCUCUCGUGAUCUAUGCUUUUCUUGGGGCUCUCAUGUUUUCCCACAUUGAAGGUAACCGGAAGGUAAAUUUAAGUGAAGAAUAUAGAAAUUUUCUGCAGAAACUGUGGUACAUCUCCAGAAAUUUAACAGAUAACAUGACGGAAAAUGAGGAGUCAUUUAAAAAAGAAAUCCACGCACUGCUCAACACAGCUAAACGAGACUGGUUUGUCAAUCCAAAAGAUAUAUGGAAUUUCUUUGGGUCUCUCUUCUUCUGCUGCACAGUAUUCACCACUGUGGGCUACGGCAAUACCUAUCCUGUAACAAGGACUGGAAAAUAUCUCUGCAUGUUGUAUGCUUUAUUUGGCAUCCCUUUGAUGUUCUUGGUCCUGACAGACAUGGGAGACAUCCUUGCGACUGUCUUGUCCAAGUCUUACAAUGAAUUCAGAAAGCUACAGUCAAAACUUCUAGCCUUUAAACUCUGUUCUGGAUCCACAUGUAACAGAGGGGAUAGAGUGCUGUCUAAAGCAUCUGCAAAUGAACCCUUGAAUAUUGUGGAAAUGCUGAAAAACCAGUCAGCUGUUAAAAGAAAGCCAGUCCAAUAUCGCAAUGCCGAAAUUUUUGAGCUGUUAAUUGCCAGAGAAAAUGAAUACAAAAAGCCAUCAAGAAGUAAAAGCAUAGAGAGAUGGAGCUCAUGUCCUGAACUAGACAGGGGAAAAACAAUGUCCAGAGUAAUUGAGAAUUUUGACAAAAUAGGAAAAGAGUUAGAAAAAUUAGAUGUGCCCAUAGUGUUAAUGGUGCUGGUUAUCUUUGUGUACAUCUCCUGUGCAGCUGCCAUUCUUCCAAACUGGGAAACCAGUUUGGAUUUUCAGGAAGCCUUUUAUUUCUGCUUUAUCACCUUGACAACUAUUGGGUUUGGAGAUACACAACUGGAACAUCCCAAGUUUUUCUUGUUUUUCUCCCUCUAUAUUAUUAUCGGAAUGGAAAUUGUCUUCAUUGCUUUUAAGCUGGGCCAGGACCGCUUAAUUGUCUUAUACAAAAAGGUGAUUUCAUUUUGUGGAGAGAAAAAGAUGCCAUCAAAGAAGGUAUAUCCAAAGAAGUUAUAUCCAAAAUAGGCAUAGUCAUUUCUCCCUCACUCAUGCAUUUGCCACUGCAAUAUGAUGAAACUGUUCCUGCGCGUUUCUGCUCCCUGCCUUGGGCUUGCAGGAGGCACAUUUUCUUCUGAUUUCCCGUGUUAAUCUGCUGUAAACUGGUUGGGUGCCU